AUGCUUGCCCGCGCUUGGGUGGCCUGUUCUUGUCUGCUGGCUGCCGCCGUGACGAUCCCAGAUGUGGUUCAAGACGGCUCGUGCAUCACCGACUCUGUCAUGCUCUUGCAGCAUGGCGUGGAGUCUGUGAGCAUGGGUAAGAUGAGUGCAUCAUCUCCUCACACUGCUUUGGGGCAGAGGCACGUGUCCCCGUCCACCCGCGACUCAGACACCUGCCUGACGAAAGACGUCCAAGCAGUCCUCUCCGGAUUGAAAGAUCAGCAACAGAAGAUUUCAUGGGCCCUUGGCUUGCCACUGGUGGUGCUCUUCAUCCUCAGCGCCACGAUGCUUCUAGUGGGACAUCGCCUCGUGAGCCCCGUAGUCAUUGGAACAUCUGCCCUGGCGGCAUCCUACUUCACGUUCGAGCUGCUGAAGGCUGCCUUCCACAAUUCCUGCUCACUGCCCGUCUGGGGUGCCGUCGUGGCGGGCAUUGCGGCUGCCUUAGCGGCGUCUUGGUUCCUGGAGCUGGCAAUUGUCGUCCCUGGGGCAAUGCUUGGCGUGGUCCUUGCGUAUCAAGCUCAGACAUUUCUUACAAGUGUGUCUCCCACACUGCGCGAGGCCCCCAUCAUGACCAGGUACUACUGGUGCGUCGCCAUUCUUGCAGCCUUGGUGUUUGCCUUCGUGGCGCACAAACUGCGGGAGGACAUCUUCAUCCUUGUGACCUCAGCACUGGGCGCCUUUGGUGUGACGGUCGCCAUACGCGGUCUGCUACUGGAUUACGGCCACGCCAGAAUGGCCGACCAUUCAGAACUCCUCGUGGUGCUAGGGACCUUCAUUCUCGGACUGGCCUACCAACAUCGAUCAUACAAGAAAGAGUGA